AUGUUUUUUUUUAAAAGUCUUUCGUAUUCAUGCAUGAGACUUAUGCACGGGGUCCGUCAGAUGAGAACCGCGUGGGCGGAUGGGCCUGAGUUCAUAACCCAGUGCCCAAUCCGACCCGGAGGAAGCUACACAUAUCGAUUCACAAUCCAAGGUCAGGAGGGGACACUUUGGUGGCAUGCUCACAGCUCCUGGCUCAGAGCCACCGUCUAUGGUGCUCUCAUCAUCCGCCCGAAAGAGGGUGAUUCCUACCCGUUUCCCAAGCCCGCCCGGGAAACCCCCAUACUCCUAGGUGAGUGGUGGGACGCCGAUCCCAUUAGUGUGGUGAGGACGGCCACGAGGACCGGGGCGUCUCCGAAUGUGUCGGAUGCUUAUACCAUCAAUGGGCAACCCGGUGACUUUUACAAGUGCUCUAGUCAAGACACCGUGAUAGUUCCGGUGGACUCCGGCGAGACCAAUCUCCUCCGCAUCAUCAACGCCGCCCUUAACCAGCAGCUCUUCUUUACCGUUGCCAACCACAAGCUUACCGUGGUGGGCGCCGAUGCUGGCUACCUAAAACCUUUCACCACCAACGUAAUCAUGCUCGGGCCGGCCAGACCACCGACCCCGCGCCUACGCCAGCGCCCAGGGCGCCCCUUUGACAACACCACCACCACCGCCAUCCUCGAGUACAAGGCCGCCGCUUGCGCGGCUAAGGGCUGCCCGGCGGCCAAGCCGUUGACCGCCACUCUGCCAGCGUUCAACGAUACUGCCACUGCCACCGCAUUCACUUCGGCCCUCCGGAGCCCCAAGAAGGUCCCUGUCCCUCAGGACGUUGACGAGAGCCUCGUCAUCACCGUUGGACUCGGGCUCAACCGGUGCCCCAAAGGCGCUAGCCCCUCAAGCUGCCAGGGCCCGAACGGAACCCGGUUCACCGCUAGCAUGAAUAACGUGUCCUUCGUGCUUCCCUCCAACUGGUCCCUUCUCCAGGCGCACCACCAAGGCAUUCCCGGUGUCUUCACCACAGAUUUCCCAGCCGCGCCGCCAGUGAAGUUCGAUUACACCGGCAACGUGAGCAGGGCUCUGUGGCAGCCGACGGCUGCGACCAAACUCUACCGGCUCAAGUACGGUGCCAGAGUACAGAUAAUUUUUCAGGGAACCAGCAUCUUUACAGCCGAGAACCACCCGAUCCAUCUUCACGGGUACGAUUUCUACAUACUUGCCGAGGGUUUCGGGAACUAUAACCCGAACACCGACCCGAAAAAGUUCAACCUCGUGGAUCCUCCGAUGAGAAACACCGCCAGCGUCCCCGUUGGCGGAUGGUCCGCCAUCAGAUUCGUAGCCGAUAAUCCGGGGGUUUGGAUAAUGCACUGCCACUUGGACGUUCACAUAACCUGGGGACUGGCCAUGGCGUUCAUCGUCGAUAACGGAAUCGGAGAGUUGGAGUCCCUUGAGCAGCCUCCUCUGGAUCUCCCCGUGUGUUAG